UCAGCGAACCUGACGUCACUCAAAUGCGACUACCUUAAGAGAACUGAAUGCAAGUGUGAAGUUGAAACGAUCGGUUGAAGCUCAAAUAUUCUUUGUCUUGCUUAAACUUUAAAUUGAAUCUCCCGUAGUUACUUUUUAAAAGUCGUAGUCUGUUAUCCGAUGAAAAUACCAUCAGACUAGGACAUUUAGAACAAACUUGUUGUCAGAUCAUCAGAAAGAAGAACACGGAAAUGUCUGCUGUAACUGCGUCACUCGGCUCCACUUUGCUGUUUUUUGGCAUCUUCGUGUUUGUCUCGGCAGACCAGAAAAUCAUCACAGCUGACUCUGGACAGGACGUCACUCUGACAUGUCGAGCUCCAAACAACAACAUCAUCUUAGGUGUAGAGUGGAGCAGAGCUGACCUGAGAGAUGAAUAUGUACUAUUUUACAGAAGUAAGAAAUUUGAUCCAGAUCAACAGCAUCCAUCUUUUAAGAACCGGGUGGAUCUGCAGGACAGACAGAUGAAGGAUGGAGACGUGUCUUUGAUUCUGAUGAAUGUGACGACUAAUGAUAAUGGAAUAUACGAGUGUCGUGUCAAGACAGGAACAAACCGUAGAAAGAGAGCAAUUUUAAGUGGAAACCCCAUCAGCAUCAUCACCCUGAGUGUUGUUGAUCCUCCAGGUCAGACAGGAGGAGACACAGAGGAUGGAGGAGACAAAGAUGGAAGGAAGGAGGAAGGCGAGCAGAAUCUGAAUGAAUCUGUUGGACUGAUCGUCGGUCUGUCAGUUUCUGCUGUUCUUGUUGCUGGUGUUGCUUUUGUGAUCUACAGAAAACAUAAACAACAACAGAAUCAGGAUUCAUACCAGCCUCCAGCUGAACAGCAACCUGUUUGAAAGAUUCUUCCAUGGUGAUACCUUGAAAAGGAACCCAUCAAAGCGAAACGAUAACAUCCAAGUAGAAAACCAGAAGAGUUGCGCGUUUCCAAAGAGAUUUCCUAGGAUGGAUGAUGGUUUGAUAAAUAAGUUGUGCUUGGGCUUAAAUAACGGAGGGGUGAACAUGAGUUUGUUCAAUAUUUUCACUUUGCCUUAAGUAGGACUGAAAAAAAGUGAUUAUAAAACCAGAAAGAACAGAAGUCAAGGAGCACCAAAUCUGUCCAAGUUAGCUGAUCAUGUCAGUGUAACAUGUUACAUUGUUUUAUUCACA